AUGUCCAAAGAGCUCGACACUCCCCUGUCCCAACAGGGCGACUACCCUAUCGUCAACUACAUUGAUGGGAAAAACCAGGAAACCUACGACGAAAUCGACGAGAAGAAGCAAGAUGGUACCGUCACACCCGACCGAUGGACCGCACCCGAAGACUGGCUGGCUCGCUUUGUCGACGGCUACUCGGGUCAGCACGGUGGUGAAACACUUCCCCCUGGCUCAGACCCUUACCGUGUCGCUACCAGCGUCUUCACGAUGAACGACGAGGAAGCCCUCCUUUACCUCAAGAACUUGUUGAUCGAAAUCCCCCACGACUACUCCUUCGACACUGCCUGGGCAGCGCGCAUUCGUGACCUUUCCCUCGGUCAUGAACAUUGCCAGAUGGAAUACGGCGAUUGGGCCUACGAGGUCUGCAGAGACGCCGGAAUCUGCCACAACUGGUCUUGUUACGCGGAAGUUCGAGCUGUCUUGUUGCCGUACGAUGACCCAGACACCCCCUGCGAGUCGUUCCGAGCGUACUUCUUGGGUAUUUUCUGGAUUUGUGUCGCCACCCUCGUCAAUACAUUCUUCGCACCCCGUCAACCCGGUAUCUCCAUUCCUGGUCAAUUCAUCCAACUCUUGUUGGUACCGAUGGGUCGUGGUUUGGCCGUCAUCCUUCCGGAUUGGGGUUUCACUAUGUUUGGAACUCGAUGGACUUUGAACACUGGAGGCGAAUGGUCUUCCAAGGAGCAACUUCUUUCCACGCUGAUGGCCACCCAGGCCUCUGGUACUGGUAACUUCAACGGUCUUAUCGUCCUCCGAAUGCCCAUGUUCUUUGACCAAAAAUGGUCUGGAUAUGGAUACUCCCUGCUUUUGGCCAUCUCCAACCAAUGUUACGGUCUCGGUAUGGCUGGUAUCCUCCGACGACUUACUGUGUACCCCACUCAGGCUGUCUGGCCCGCCAACUUGCCCACUCUCGCCCUUAAUCGAACUCUGGUCUCCUCUGACCAGAAGGGAGAAGUUGUUAACAAGUGGAAGAUCACCCGAUGGCACGCUUUCCUUGCUUCAGCCUGUGUCUUCAUUGUCUGGUAUUGGAUUCCCAACGACUUCUUGCAAGCCAUCCGUUACUUCAACUGGAUGACAUGGAUUGCCCCCAACAACUUCAAGCUUGGUCUCAUUACUGGCUCUUGGGGAGGUAUGGGUUUCAACCCCAUCUCUUCCCUAGACCCAUUGACCUCUGGAAGUGGUACCAUGAACGCUCCCUUCUUCGCUCAAUUGCAGCAGUACGUCAUGAGGGUCAUCGCUGGAAUUAUCCUCAUCGCGAUGUACUUCGCGAACGUCUCCUGGGCCGGAUACAUGCCAAUCAACUCCAACGCGUCCUUCGACAACACGAUGAAGAACUACAACCUUACCCGAAUUCUCAACCCCAAGGACAACACACUCGAUCUGGACGCUUACAAAGCCUACAGUCCUCCCUACUACAGUAUUGGUUACCUGUUCAACCAAGGUACCAACUUCACUUGGAUCACCUUUGCUUUCGUCUACAUCUUCAUCCGUUACUGGAACGUCUUGAAGAAGGCUUUCUACGGCAUGUACAUCAACAUGCGCAAGCGCCAGUCUAUCUACACCGGUUUCGAUGACGGCAACUGUCGAAUCAUGCGAGCUUAUCCUGAAGUUCCCGAGUGGUGGUACAUGAUUGUCCUCUUCGUCGGAUUCAUCUUGUCUAUCGUCACCGUCGCUGCCUUCCCCACUGAGACUCCAUGGUGGACCAUCCCGGCCUUGACCGUCAUCGGUACAUUCAUCUGUAUCCCCUGGUGUGUCAUCGAGUCCGUCGCCAAUGUUGGUAUCCCCUUGGGUAUCCUCUGGAACGUCUUGCCAGGUGUUUGGUUCCCCGGAAAGUUCCUUCCCGACUUGAUGUUGCUCAUGUUGGGUGAUGCGUUCACGGCCAUCGCUGGAAGUUUCGCUCAGGACUUGAAGUACGCCCACUACGCCCGAAUUCCCCCUCGUGCAAUGUUCCGAUCGCACAUCCUUGCUCAGGUCCUUAACGUCAUCAUGUACGUUUCCACCAUCGCCUUGCUCGAGUCUCUCUACGACUCGGACAACACCAUGUGCCAGUGGGACAACAAGAACUACAUGGUCUGCGGUUCCGCACACAGUGUCUACUCCACUGUUGUGUCUUUCGGUGUCCUCGGUACCAACAACUUGUUCGCUCUCUACCCCGCUUUGAAGUGGUGUUUCCUCCUUGGUCCUCUUAUGGCUCUUGCCUGGGCUUUGAGCGAGAAGGCUGGUCCCGUCAUUCGACGAAGACUUGUGGCCAACAUGGACGCCGAGCAGUGUGCUCGAUUCGACACCAGGAUCUGGGAGCCAGUCAGCACCGUCCUCCAAACUGUUCACCCAGCCAUCGCCCUUUCCGGAGCUGCCACUUGGGGUGGUAACCAGAACUUGUCGAACUACACCCUUGCGUUGUACCUGUCGUUCUUGUUCCAGUACUACCUCAAGAGGAACUACACGGCUUGGUGGGGCAAGUACGCCUUCUUGCUCUUCGCGGGUCUCUCAGUCGGAGGAACCAUCUCCGGUUUCAUCAGUACCCUCAUUUUCAGUUUCGGAGCUGGUAAGGGAGCCAGCUUUGACUACAAGGCCAACACCAUCGGCAAGACGGGAGUCGACUGGAAAUUGUACAACAACGAGAUUUCCUACUUGCCGCUGCCAGAGGUCGGAUACUUCGGUCUGGCCCCCGGUGACUACCCUGUCAACUUCUAG